GAAGGGGGCAUUGCCCCGAACGGGCCUAAACACACCCCUCUAGAGGGAGUGUGUAGUAAUAUCCACGACAGUUUUUUUUUCUAUGUCUAUAGGAAACAUCAACUUGAAUCAUGAAUCUGCAAGUGCAAAGUGACAUACCGUUAGCGCAAAACUGUGACAACCAACUGAGAGAUUGACAAAUGACAACAUGUAAUUGCGAAUAACGCAAGUCGCAAACUGAAAACGAUAAUUUCAUAUAGCGAAAGUGAAAUUAUAAUUUAGGCUUGCUUUUUGGAGGUCUUAAUUAAAUAUAUAUAUUAAGUACCUAAUAAUAAUUUAUUUAUUAUUUUGAAGAGCACUGAAAAUGGCGAACCAAUGGGGUCAAAAAGCAGAAGAGCUAGAAAUAUCCAAUAAAGUUGCUGGUUUGGGACUCAAUAAAAAAAUUGAAAAACCUGAAGAUGACAGUCCAGAUACAGCAAAUCCAGCAGAAGCUUCUCUACUCAUGAAAAUCAUAAGACAAGGACUUGUUGAAUCUAAACAGGAUAUUGAAAUUCAAAGAAAGGAUCCAAAUUCUCCUCUUUAUUCAGUAAAGACAUUUGAAGCAUUACACUUAAAACCAAACUUAUUAAAAGGUGUAUAUGCAAUGGGCUUCAACGCUCCAUCUAAAAUACAAGAAACUGCUUUGCCUACAUUACUAGCAGACCCUCCUCAAAAUAUGAUAGCACAGUCUCAAUCAGGAACAGGUAAAACUGCUGCUUUUGUAUUGGCCAUGUUAAGUAGAGUUGAUCCAACCAAAAACUAUCCCCAAGUACUUUGUCUAAGUCCAACCUACGAACUGGCAAUACAAACUGGUGAAGUUGCUGCAAAGAUGGCCAAAUUCUGCCCUGAAAUUAAACUUAAAUAUGCUGUUCGAGGUGAGGAACUACCUAAAGGUACAAAAAUAGUGGAUCAUAUAUUAAUUGGAACUCCAGGAAAAAUGUUGGAUUGGGCUCUUAAAUUUGCAAUGUUUGACUUAACUAAGAUAAAAGUCUUUGUAUUGGAUGAAGCAGAUGUUAUGAUUGAUCGUCAAGGUCACAGAGACCAAUGUGUUCGCAUCCAUAAAUGUAUUCCUUCGACAUGUCAAAUGAUGUUCUUCUCUGCUACUUAUAAUAGCGCAGUAAUGGAAUUUGCUGAAAUUAUAGUUACCAACCCCAUUAUAAUAAGACUAUUAAGAGAAGAAGAAUCAUUAGACAAUAUUAAACAAUAUUUUGUUAAAUGCAAGAGCCCUGAGGAUAAAUAUAGGGCUAUAUGCAAUAUUUAUGGUGUUAUAACUAUUGGCCAAGCUAUUAUAUUUUGUCAUACAAGAAAAACAGCAAGCUGGCUCUCAGAAAAAAUGUCAAGAGAUGGACAUUCUGUAGCUGUGCUAUCUGGUGAGCUUACUGUUGAACAAAGAAUUGCAGUAUUGGACAGAUUCAGAGGGGGACUUGAAAAAGUGUUAAUUACUACAAAUGUAUUGUCUCGUGGAAUUGAUAUAGAGCAGGUUACUCUUGUUGUCAACUUUGAUAUGCCCAUGGAUCUGAACAGAAAGGCUGAUUGUGAAACUUACUUACACAGAAUUGGGCGCACUGGGAGAUUUGGAAAAGCUGGAAUAGCUAUUAACUUGAUUGAAUCUUCGCAGGACAUGGAAAUUUGUUUAGAUAUUGAAGCACAUUUUGGUAAAAAGAUUAAAUUAUUAGAUAUUGAAGAUGCAGAAGAAAUUGAAAAAAUUGGUGCAUAACUUAUUGUGAUUAACUCUGGCACUAUAAAUUAAUUGUUCUGUAUUUUUUUUACUAUUUGCAUAAUAUUGCUAAGCAUUAAAGGUUUCUAUAAACAAGU